CUCCUUGUCAGUGCACACACAGUGACAGUAGGCGGAAAGGGCGGGGCUGGGAGCAGUGUGCAUGGUUCCCCUUAGUUCCCUGCUCUGAGUCUGCCGCCGCUAAUGGUCACAGUCACGACUACACUGCCAUCUCCAGCCGCUGAGAGACUGAGCGCCGCAGCCCGCUGGCUGGCACAGGCACCGGCUGAUAAGUACAGGAUGCUGGAUACAAGCACAGCAUCUUUGUGACCACACUUGAAAGCUCUUAUCCGGAUAUUGGGUCACUGGCUACCUUGCUAUAUGUGCCCGGAUAAGACUUGUCAGCAUGCAUCUACUGAGGACUCUACAUCUGAGAUGUAUUCCAGCCAGUAUAUUCUCUGUGUCUACCUCGUCAUUACAAGCAUUUAGGCAGCAGAGGAGACAUCUCCUUGCAGCUAGGGUUGGAUGCCAGAUCUUAGUGGAAAAGCAAAGGCUUCACUCAUUCCCGGGGCCAGAAUCACCACGUGACCAAAAAUCCCAUCAAAGUCCUUUUCCCGAUACCGAUAACUCACUCAAAGGUAAAGAAGCUCUCACCACAAAAGACCCUAUUGAUGCUGCAGAUGACACAGAUCCUUUUCAAGACAAGUCCAUCGGCCUAGUCCAGAGGUUUAAAAAGACUUUUAAACAGUAUGGAAAAGUUAUGGUUACCGUCCAUGUACUGACAUCCAGUGUGUGGAUUGGAGCCUUUUACUAUGCAGCCACGAAAGGAGUAAAUGUGGUCCCUUUCCUGGAGUUGAUUCACUUUCCUGAAAGUGUAGUGAACAUUCUGAAGAAUUCUCAGAGUGGGAAUGUAGUCACAGCCUACGCUAUGUAUAAGAUUGCAACGCCAGUUCGAUAUACUGUCACAUUAGGGGGAACUUCCAUUAGUGUUAAAUAUCUCAGGAAAUAUGGCUACUUGUCCACACCGCCAUUGGUGAAAGACUAUAUACAGGACAGGAUGGAGGAGACAAAAGAACGUAUCAGCGAGAAAAUGGAAGAAACCAGGGACCUGAUCAGUGAAAAGAUGGAAGAAACAAAAGAUCGAAUCUCUGAAAAGAUACAAGAAACCAAAGAUACCUUAUCUUUUAGGAAGAAGAAGGAGGAAUAAAGUAACGCUGACCAUUUUCCCAGUAAUUGCACAUUAUUACAUUACUGCCUUUCUGUGCAGAAACCAACAUUAUUUUUUAACCAGCUUUGAUAUGACGUUAGCAGAAAGCUGCUGUACUAUUGAACACACCAAUAUGUUUGUUUAGUCUGUACCAACAAAUAUUCCUAGAAAUCAUCUAGAUUAGAACAGUUUAUCUUGUCUAUGGCUCUGUACAGCAUGUCUUAAUGUCUGCAUUCAGUUAGACGUAAUAUUAGCUUUUCAAUGAAAUCCAAUAGAAUUUUUUUAAUUUCUCAUGCGCUAGAGCAUAUAAUAAGUUGGAAGAAGUGCUGAAAAUUCCUUCAUAUAAAUUUUGAAUGAGAGCCAGCAAUAUAAAAGUGGAACGUGACAUACAGAACUAUUUGCACUUACAGCAGUUCCUUAUAUUUAUCAAUGAAUGGAAAGGGUAUGUGGGCAGGGGUGUACUACGAUAUACCGAAGCCGGGAUCCCGACCGCCGAAAUGCCGGCAGCGGGGCAAGCGCAAAAGAGCUCCUUGCGGGCUCGCCAAACUAUUUAUUUUCCCUCAAGGGGUAUCAUGGACACCCCAAGAGGGAGAAUAGUUGUCUGUAUCCCGGCGCUGGUAUGCAGAGCGCCGGGAUAUCGCGUGCCUCCCGUGGGCAAUCAGUGCAAAAGAUGUAAUCUCACUGCUUUGCCAGUCCGCAUAUGUUAUUUUUAGGAGAAAGGUCCAUAGUGGCAUUAUAGCUUUAAAUUCUGCUUUCUACACAAUAAAAGGUAUUUCCCAGCGUUCCAUGUAAUACACGAUGAUAUUAUUGCGCAUUGAUUUGUGCUAGCAGAAAUCUAUGGGGGUGAGGGGGGGUUUACUGUGCCUGCAGAUCAGAAGGAAAGUAUUACUUUGCCACUGGUAAUUUAUUACUGUGUUAUCACUUGUGCCAACAAAAAUAGUUGUGCUUUAUUACACAAGUGCCCCACGCUAUAUAUAAUAGUUGUAUAUACAUGAUUACAUUAUUUUAGCACUACGAUGCAUAUGUGCUCUUUGGAAGAACUUUAUAUAUGGAUAAUUUAUUUAAUGGCUAUUUUUUAACAUGGCACAAAGGUGCUGCAACAGGUCGUAGCGAUAGUUAUCUGAGUUAUAGUCAAGAUUUACAGAUAGCAUAGCUUCACGUGUAGCAUACAUGUAGGGUAAAGCAUCACGUAUAGCAGCACGUGUAGCAUACAUGCAGGGGAGGUGGGGGUGGGAGUCAAUUGACCGCCGGUCAGGAUACAGAUGCUGGAAUUCUCCCACUUUGGUAGUGGUUCACACCACCACCCAAGGGGGAUUAGAACCCUGUGGGGACACGCUGCACUCACCGCUGAGAUCCUGGCUGUCGGGUUCCCGGUGUUGGUCUCCUGACCGCCGGGAUCUCAUACUGAUCUCCAUGCAGGGUAUAGCAGAACAGGAGCUGAGUACUUACCACCCAAUAAUUGUAACAUAACCGUUUCCUCUUACACAACUAUACAGACAAGAUUUUUUUCUUUCUCAUAAAGCAUUUUAUUAAGUGUUAUGCAGAGUCUUUAAUGUUUGAAUUGUGUGAAUUACAUCAGAUAUAGUAUUUUAUGCUGUGUGUUGCAGCAUAGACAUAAAUGGGGGUGUGCCUCCAAGGGAACUGCUGAUAUAUACCAGGGAGGGGAUCCGGUCUGAAGAUCGACACUGUCUAGGUUGACAAUGUUUAGGUCGACCACUAUAGGUCGACAGGGUUUCUAGGUCGACAUGUGCUAGAUCGACAGGUCAAAAGGUCGACAUGAGCUUUCACUUCCUUUUUUCUUUUUUUUUCCCCAUACUUAACGAUCCACGUGGACUACGAUUGGAACAGUAAUCUGUGCCGAGCGAAGCGAGGCACCUUGCCCGAAGCAUGACGAGCGAAGCGAGCCGUGCGAGGGGACACGGUGCACUAAUUCGGCUCCAUAGUCACUGUACGCAGAAAACAACACAAAAAAAACCUCAUGCCGACCUUUUGACCUGUCAACCUAGAAACCCUGUCGACCUUCCAACCCUGUCGACCUAGUGAGUGUCAACCUAGACACUGUCAAUCUAAUGAUCCACACCCACCAGGGAGAUGCGGUCAGAAUGCCGGCACCGGAAUCCUGACACUGCAAAAUCCCAGCUCCGGAAUGCCAUACCAGGAAUGGUGUUACAUUAGCCACAGCUCUCGUCACUCGGCCAGAGUGCAGUGUUUUUCCCUAUAUGUUGCAGCUAUUGCUAAUUGUACUCUUGUCAUUAAGUAGAAGUACAUACCUACGGAACCAUCACUCUCCGUUCAGUCAGACAGCUUUAUUUUCUACAACAACUGACAUCAAUACAUACAGUACAUGAUUUAUUUUUGAUCCCUUCAGUGUUUAAAUGGUUCCACCUGUAUAGAUCAAUGAUCCUAUUCUUAGCUUAGUCUGUGCUCUUUCUGUUUGGAGCAGGAGAGCCCUGGUACAAUCAGAGAUGCUAAUUUGGUUUCUCAGCGAAUGAAAUGUAACUUUAAAUUAUUAUGAGGUAAACACAGAUCACAAGCGCACUUCAUGUUGUGUUUUUGUUUUGUUGGGCUCUAGCGGAAUAUCUGGUGCCUACAUGGUGAAAUAAAAAUACUUGCUUAAUUUCCUGUCUCCAUAUUCCAUGUAGCAUUUGCCUUUAAAAUGUUUGCUGAACCCAUUUCUUUCUAUGUUCAUGUGACAUUAUCCUAUUUUUGCUACCGUUAGUACCGUUAGCAAUGUGUGUCAGGACCGGAGGAGGCUGUAGUGAGUGUAAACAAUCCAAUAUAGGAUAAGAUGGACACUGAGUUACUUCUUAGAGAAGAUGAGGAUUUUAUUGUAUAGCAGAAAUAAUAUAAAUGUGUGUAUUUCUGUUUCAGAAUUGUUAAUGGUUAGAAUGCGUAGACCUCUGCCUUCCGAAGGGGAGAAAUAAACAUUUUUCAAGUA